UGUAAUUUUUUUUUAAGCCCAAAUUUCAGGCCCCAAUUCAGUGACUCAAGUACUCUCUACAAGAGGAGGGAAGAAAAAAAAAAAAAAAGAAAUUGUGUUCGUGGAAAAAAUUCUCACUUCCAUGCAAGUUCAUGGGCACAGCUCAAAUGUCUGCUCAACUUGUGGAAGUCAUCACACAUUCAGCACCAUCACCACCGUUGAAAUUGAAUCAUGAUUACAAGAUUCAGUCUCAUAAGCCCACCAAUCUUUCCUUUCAAAGAGCAGUAAAUUCAAGCUCUUACGCUUCCAUAUUCGAAUCCUGUCGAUGCCCAGAUUUGGGAAAACAGGUUCAUGCCCACACUGUCAAAACCGGCUUCUGUGGGCACGAGUUUGUGGAGACCAAGCUGCUCCAGAUGUAUGCAAAAUGCGGCCGUUUGGAGGAUGCCGCUCUUGUGUUCGAGAAAAUGCCUCUGAGAAACUUGUAUGCUUGGACUGCUAUUCUCAGUGUCUACGUUGAUUGUGGCCUUUAUGAAGAAGCUCUUUUUCACUUUAUGGAAUUGCAAUUGGAAGAUGUUGGGUUGGAAUUUUUCGUGUUUCCGGUUGUUUUCAAGAUUUGCAGCGGACUCAGGGCGCUGGAAUUGGGAAGACAACUUCAUGGGAUUGUUGUGAAGUCUCGGUUUAUCACGAAUUUAUAUGUCGGUAACGCUCUAAUAGAUAUGUAUGGAAAAUGUGGGAGCUUAGAGGACGCGAAGAAAGUUUUGGAGAAGAUGCCAGAGAAGGAUUGUGUUUCAUGGAAUUCUAUUGUUACGGCCUGUGCUGCCAAUGGAAUGGUGUAUGAGGCAUUGGACUUUUUGGAUGGGAUGAAUUCCGAUAAGCCAUCGCCUGAUAAGCCAUCGCCUAAUCUUGUUUCUUGGAGCGCUGUUGUUGGAGGCUUCUCGCAGAAUGGCUAUGAUGAGGAAGCUAUAGAGCUGCUGUUUAAAAUGCAAGCGGCAGGGUUUGGACCAAAUGCUCGAACCUUGGCGAGUGUUCUUCCGUCCUGUGCUAGGCUAAAAAGGCUAAACCUUGGCAAAGAAAUCCAUGGCCAUAUUACCAGACACGGGUUUUUGUCGAACCAUUUUCUUGUUAAUGGAUUGGUUGACAUGUACAGAAGGUGUGCUGAUAUGAGGAGUGCUUCAGCAAUAUUUUCAAACUUCUCUUUGAAAAAUGCGGUGUCUUGUAAUACGAUGAUUGUCGGGUAUUGUGACAACGGCGAUGUAUCCAAAGCCAAGGCAUUGUUUGAUCAUAUGCAGUUGAUGGGUAUUGAGAAGGAUGUGAUUUCCUGGAACUCGAUCAUCUCCGGCUAUGUGGAUAACUGGUUGUUUGAUGAAGCUCUGUGUUUGUUUCAAGAGUUACUGAGGGAGGGGAUUGAACCCGAUUCGUUUACUUUAGGAAGUGCUCUUACUGCUUGUGCUAAUAUGGCAUGUUUGAGACGAGGAAAGGAGAUACAUUCCCAUGCCAUUGUAAGGAAUUUGCAAUCAAACACCUUUGUGGGUGGAGCUCUGGUGGAAAUGUAUUGUAGAUGCCAAGACCUAAUGGUUGCUCAGAGAGCUUUUGAUGAAGUAAGUGAAAGGGACAUUGCUACAUGGAACAGUUUGGUAUCUGGCUAUUCUCGCUGCAAUCAAAUAGAGAGAAUUCCAAUAUUUCUUAAAAAGAUGAGAGAAGAUGGCUUUGAGCCGAAUGUAUAUACUUGGAAUGGUAUUAUAGCUGGUCAUGUGGAAAACAACCAUCUUGAUCUAGCCAUGGAAUUGUUCUCCGAAAUGCAGAGUUCAAAUUUGCGGCCAGAUAUAUACACGGUUGGCAUUAUUUUGCCAGCCUGUUCAAGGUUAGCAGCAACUGAACGAGGUAAACAGGUUCAUGCGCAUUCAAUUAGAUGUGGGUAUGACAAAGAUGUAUACAUUGGAGCAGCGCUUGUGGACAUGUAUGCAAAAUGUGGAAGCUUGAAGCAUGCAUUUCUGGCUUAUAACAGGAUUUCGGACCCUAAUUUAGUGUCCUACAAUGCCAUGCUUACUGCUUAUGCAAUGCAUGGACACGGGGAGGAGGGAAUUGCCUUUUUUCGCAAAAUGUUAGAAGAUGGGUAUAGACCAGACCAUGUGACUUUCCUUUCUGUUCUUUCUUCAUGUGUGCAUGCUGGAUCGGUUGAGGCAGGUAGUGAAUUCUUUGAUUUUAUGAGUUAUUUUGAUGUGAACCCCACACUUAAACACUACACAUGCAUUGUUGAUCUCCUAAGCCGGGCAUGUCGGCUAAAAGAAGCUUACGAAUUUACUCAGAAACUGCCAAUGGAACCAGAUUCUGUUUUGUGGGGUGCUUUGCUUGGAGGCUGUGUUAUUCAUGGUAAUGUUGAGUUAGGUGAAAUUGCAGCAAAGAGGCUAAUAGAGUUGGAGCCGAAUAAUACCGGGAACUAUGUUCUGCUAGCUAACUUGUAUGCUUACACAGGGAGAUGGCAUGAGCUAGCUAGAAUGAGACAGUUAAUGAAGGAUAGAGGAAUGCACAAAAGUCCGGGGUGCAGUUGGAUUGAAGAUAGAGAUGAUAUUCAUGUGUUUCUUGCUUCUGAUAAAAGUCAUGAAAGAUCAAAUGAGAUCUAUGCUACUUUAGACAAUUUGAUUAUGCACAUGAAAACAGGGUUUACAACUAGUUUCUGAUUACAUACUUAUUGUAUAACAC